CAAUAAACUACAAUGUCAGACCCUAAGAAAGACGGAAAGAAGGCCUCCAGCAGAUUGUUGGGCAUGAAGUUCAUGCAACGUUCCAUGGAAAAAGAAAUGCAAGAGCAGUUAGAGAAAGAACGUAAACGCGUUAUAUCCGAGGCUGAAUGGGUGUUAGAUACCAAAGAAAUCAAAGCCGAAAAGCCUAAAAUUCAAAUCGAGUACCAGCCUAGUUUCCUUCCUUUCGCUGUUGACACAACAGCAGGUAGAAGAUCAUUCAAUAGUUUUAACAAAUCUGUUGAAGCAAAGGUCGAUGACGAUGCAAAGAGCCAACGUUUAGCUCGUGAGGAAAAGAUUGAGAAUGCCAAUAAGCUGUCAGAUAAAGAAUUUGGAGAACAAAUGCAAACAAUCAGAUCUGUGUCCAAAAAAUCUAAAAAGAGAAAGUCAGACAAAGAUGCUGAUGUAUCCACGAAAAAGUCUAAAGUUAUAGGAUUUAUGAAGCCGGAAUAAAUCCAGAUGUAAGUAGACUUUUUUGCAUACCAUAUAAAUACAUGCACUGUCCUCUCUCUCUCUUUUUUUUUCUUUUUUUUUUUCUUUUUUUUUUAUUUUUUUUUAUAAAAACGAAUAA